GCAACAGGAACGAACACCCCAAGAAGGCCAGCGCCAGGCGCACAUGGGCUGUUGCAUAUUCGAAAAAUGUAUGGUAAUGCGCCCCGCCAGUGACAAGAAGAUAGCGAAAUGGGAGGAUUUACCAUUACCAAUUUACCACCGCAGCUACCUUGCCAUAUCACUGUGACCUGGGCGAAGCAAGUAAGGGUUUAACAAUGGUGCCCUGACACAAGCCGGCGAAUUUGGAUGCUUAUUGUCUGAUAAGUGUGGAUCUCGAGUAACAUAAAACACGUGAAUUUGAACACACCUCCAGAGGCCUCACCUAUGGGUUCACCACGGAACGACGAUGACAGUGCGGUAAGACGACCCCUAUACAAGCAGCAAACCAAUCCCUUCGCCCGAACAUGUGUUGGGGUGGACUGGACAAGUGGGUCUAUAUAUUAUUACGAAGUCAUAGAGGCUGGAGUCCUGCCUACAAGUGGGGGACAUUGGCGAUGUAGAAAGAGGGGAUAAUGGGACUCGUGAAACAGUUCUGAUGACCUUACGUCCUUGUCGCAAGGAAGCCGAUCCCGCAGCGAGAAGUGGCAGGAA